AUGUACCAGUAUUUUGCACCUAGGGAGGUCAGAGAAUGGCUACCGCAGGUAAGGGAGACCGUCACGAGAAACCGGUCGGGCAACCUGGCGGCUCCAACCGAGUAUGCGAGCCUUGGUGCAGAGAGUCUCCGCCCGGUAAGCUUGUGGUUGUUGCAUUCUUUCUUGCAGCGCCACCGCGAUGCCAUUCGAGUUAAAGUCGAGCUCGCAACUCGUCAAGCCCAGACUGGUGCAAAUGACUCAAAGCACAAAACUGUCGCUUCAUCAUCUUUAGGCAAGAGGAAAAACGAGAGCAGGAAACAGAGUGCCCAAGACAGGAGCCGAAAGGCAUCAGGGGACGAUAACAGUCCAGGUGAGGAUGGUGAGGAUGACGAGGACGAUCUGCGUGCCCCAAAGGCAGCGCGCCCAGAUGCAAUUCCUGCUUCCGGCGAACCCACGGAACGGCUUGCUUGUCCAUACUAUCAACGCCGUCCAGAUCUAUACCAUAACAAACCGAUCUGUGUGGGGCCUGGCUGGUGGAAAGUCAGCAAGGUGAAGGAACACUUGUUCCGUAAACAUACGCUUCUGAAGCACCAAUGCUAUCGAUGUGGUGACCCGUUCGACGAUAUUGGUUCGUUGAAAGCUCAUUGCCGACUCAUCAUUGCUUGCCCUUUAAAGGAGGUGCCAGUCGUCGAAGGCAUGGACGCAGAAAUGCAGGACAAGGUAAGGUCUAAGAAGGGCCAGUCCAAGCUCACGGAGCUCCAGAAAUGGAAUGACCUGUAUCAGACUCUUUUCCCAAAGGAGGGUAUUCCUAUGCCUUACUACAGCCAGAGGAGCCAGUCUUUUCAACAGGCGGCAAAUCAAUCUUCCGCCUGCAAUGAAGUUGACGACGUUCUCAUGCUGGGAAAGGCUGUCGAUGACUACCUCCCUAACCUGGUCCGGGAGUAUCACGCCUUGUCAGGUGAUGAGAAACUCACAUUUUCCGAAGAAAAGGCGGUAAUUAGCGAGGCAUAUGUAUCUCUCGCAGAACCUCUCUCUUCUUCCGUCAGCCUGGAGAAUAUCCCUAAUUUCGUUGCGAUCCUCGAUGAGCUACAGCACCCUACCGACCAAGACAUCCUGUCCUUAGAUGCAAUGCGGAAAACUGCUGCCGGUGAGAAGAAUGGCGUGGAGCCAUUGACUGCUGGUACUUUUGGGGCUGACAAGAUGGAGAGCUACGAUUUCGAAGAGGGUUAUUCAGCUUGGCGGGUGGAUACGGAAGAUGACGGCGCACCCGGUGAAGGCAAGGGCCUUGUCGCUGCGUUGCCGAGGAGGCUAAUGCCGACCGAACUCUUAGUUAUCGGCAACGUGGACAGCCGUGCAAAUAGCUCUCCUGGGCGAGCCUGA